AAAGGUUGCAGAUAUCAGACUACCUCAUGUUUUCAUUGUAACUGCGGACUAAUUAAGGCUGAUUCAAAAAGAAACCGAUCGAAAAAGUUUGAUCCUGACUGUGUUGGACUGUUGAAUCAUCAUCAUGGCGCUCCUCAGAGGUGUAUUUAUUGUUGCUGCCAAGCGCACUCCAUUCGGCACCUAUGGAGGUGUUCUGAAGGAUCACAGUGCAACAGAUCUGGCUGAGCACGCAGCCAAAGCCGCACUCGCUGCAGGCGGUGUGGCACCAGAGCUCGUGAACAGUGUCAUCAUGGGAAAUGUCAUGCAGAGCUCAGCUGAUGCACCCUACAUUGCACGCCAUGUUGGUCUGAGGUGUGGUGUUCCCAUCCCAGUGCCUGCUCUCACUGUGAAUAGACUGUGUGGAUCUGGUUUCCAGUCCAUCAUCAAUGGUGCUCAUGAGAUCUGCCUAAAGGAGUCAGAGGUGGUCCUCUGUGGGGGCUCAGAGAGUAUGAGCCAGGCCCCAUACGCUGCUCGCAACAUACGAUUUGGUACAAAGUUCGGAUUCGAUCUCAAGCUAGAGGACACUUUGUGGGCAGGACUGACUGACCUUCAUAUCAAAAUCCCGAUGGGCAUCACAGCAGAAAACUUGGCAGAGAAAUACCAGAUUACACGAGAGGACUGCGACAACUACGCAUACCAGACGCAACAAAGGUGGAAGGCAGCUCACGAGGGCGGUCACUACACAGCAGAAAUUGCUCCCAUUGAUGUGAAAGCGAAGAAGGGAAAGGUACCCAUGGCUCAGGAUGAGCACCCUCGUCCUCAGACCACACUGGAACAGAUGGCUAAACUGGCUCCUGUCUUCAAGAAGGGAGGGACCGUUACUGCUGCCAACGCGUCGGGUGUAUCUGAUGGUGCUGCUGCUGUGGUGAUUGCAAGUGAGGAUGCGCUGAAAGAACACAAGCUCACUCCGCUGGCCAGAAUUGUGUCCUAUCAUGUGUCGGGCUGCGACCCCAGCAUUAUGGGAAUUGGCCCCGUUCCUGCAAUCACUGAAGCACUCAAAAAAGCUGGUCUUUCUCUCAAGGACAUGGAUCUUGUGGAGGUGAAUGAGGCUUUUGCCCCUCAGUACCUGGCUGUAAGCAAGGCUCUUGGACUGGAUCCUGAGAAAAGCAACGUCAACGGUGGAGCUAUCGCCAUCGGACAUCCUCUCGGAGCUUCAGGAACACGUAUCACUUCACACCUGGUUCAUGAGCUCAGGCGACGAGGGGGCAAGUACGCUGUUGGCUCUGCUUGCAUCGGAGGUGGACAGGGCAUUGCUAUCAUCAUCGAAAAAUGCUAACUGAAGAAGCCGUACACUCAGAAGAUUGCCUGUAGAGGAAUGUAGUUCACACACACCGUCCACUCAAAAAAUAUAAUUGAACCAUACUAAAAUUAAACAUGAUAUUAUUUCAAGUCUUUGACAUACACAUAAAAUAGCAAAUGCUCUCUACAAUGAAGCACUCAUGCUCAGCUUACCCUGACACACAAAGAGGAAUAAUUCAUUACUAUAAAUCAGGGCUGGGCAAUAUGGACAAAAUCAAAUAUUGACCAAAUACCUCAAUAUCACUAUUGCAACAAUAUUGUAGGGACGAGUAUCGGUGUGUUCGCAAAAUAUCUACACAAUGAGAUUUCUGAUAAAUAAUCAUCAGUAAUGUGGAUAUUAGGGAUGAAUGAUAUGCCCAAAAAAAUCACAUCCUGAUUAUUUUAACAGACAUUGUGACUGCAAUAUGAAUUUAGUGGGAAUGGUAAUUUUUGCUUUUCAGCUUCACUGAAAAAAAAAAUACAAAUGAUGAUGUGAUUUCUUGCUGUUUCUUUAUAUCUGGAGAAUAUGAUCUGUAGGCUGGGGCAUUUCUGUAGCACAGCAAAGCUUCAUUUAUAAUAGUAUGUUGUGACACAUUUUACCUACAUAAAAAAAAUUGCAGCUCCUAUGAUUUGGAUGUUGUACGGUAAAGGACAAUAAUAGAACAGCUGGAACAGUUUGGUAUGUAGUCACUUUACUGUAAUGCAGCCUUUAAAUCCAGGAAAAGACAACACACUCACUAUAUUACCUCAUCCAAAAUCUAAGAGGGUAUCUAGUCUUGUAUCACAGUAUCGAUAUAUUGCCCAGUCCUUCUAUAAAUCAGCCCUUUUUUUUUUUUGCUGCUUACUCUUUGUCACUUCUUUCAGUCUUUUUAUACAAAAAUGUACAAUAAAUACUCCAGUCAGAGUUGCCUUGGAAGUGAAUAUUAAGAGCUAACUCCUGUUUCUGACCCACAUGUCUGUGCUAGUUGUGCUGGUUUCUGUGUGUGACUGACAUACAGAGCUAGCUCCUUAGUUACAGUCACCCAUGUAUUAUACUAUUAACAAGUACUGUCUGUGUUGAGAUAAGAGGAAAUACAAUAUUUGCCUUAAAAUGUUCUGAUCCACUCCAUUAUCAGGGAACAGUUGUGCCGAAACAUGUCUGACCUGUGGUUUGUCCAGAAAAAAACAAUUUUGUAUAUCUGUUUCAAAAAGCCUCAAUAAAUUACAGUUUGGAAUUUA